AUGUUGAAAUUAUUAUCAUUGUUGUAUUUGACAAUUCUUGGUCAUGUUUAUGAAGUGAGCACGAGUGAGCAUCUUUCAUCUAAUGAAGAUCGCCUUCGAGCGACAGGUCAAUGCUCGCUCGCCUAUAAAUGUCCACCACUGGAUACGAGAAAUAAUCCACAUGAAAAAUAUUCAAAUCCGAACAACAGACACGGUUAUAUUCAUUGUUCAAAUGGAAUUGCAUAUUGUAAAGAUUGUGCUCCAACACAUCCAGGAACACCAUCUCUUGUUUGGGAUGAUGUCAAAAAACGAUGUGAAUGGACAGUUGAAUGUACGGCAACAGCAACAAGCGAAUGGACAGCAUGUAGUAAACUGUGUGAUGGUGGCAUAAAACAACGAACAGUGACAUGUUCUUAUCUCGGUUCACCCAUUUCAUGUAACAAAUGUACGAAUAGAAGUGAAACUGAAAUUGAAGUUUGUAACAGCCUGUCAUGUCCAAAAUGUACCCGUGACAUUGAUAUAGGCCUUCUGCUCGAUUCAAGUACAAGUAUUGAAGAAUGGGAUGUUGUGGCAAAUGCAGCAGCUGAGUUUGUUGAAGUCAUGCAAAAACAACAAGAUGUCGUGAUGAAGUUUGGCAUUGUAAUAUUCGCAACCAUUCCUAAAAUAGUUAAACACUUCAGUGAUCCAAUCACAGCUGAUGAGAUUCGCAAAUUACCACGAAUUACCGGCAAUACAGAAACAGGUAGUGGAUUGAUCAAGAUGAAACAAGAUAUCUUUAAUGUUGCCUAUGGUGAUAGACCAUCGGUUCGAAAUGUGGUCGUUGUAUUUACCGAUGGACAAUCGACUAAGCAACAGACCACCCUUGACGCAGCAAGAACAUUAAAAAAUGCGAAUGUUGAAAUAUAUUCAGUUGGAGUAGAGGGCGCAAAUGUUGAUGAACUAAAUCAAAUGUCAUCAAGCGAUCGUCACGUGUUUUACACAAAUAAAAUUCGCGAUUUAACAACAGCUUUGUACGAAACAUUAAAAGCAAUAUGUCCUGGUACACAAGAUUAA